CCUCCUUUGCUUCUGGAUCCUUCUCCGGCGACGGCGGAAACGGCGGCGCAGUCCUCUGUUUUCUCAAAUUUCUUAUCUUUUCUCCACCCAAAGUCAAGCAACAGCCGCCCUUCGUUCCUAAUAAACAUGGUCGCCGGAAAAGAGACGGCGCCGUCAAACUUUCAGCGUUUCCUUCAUCACACCACGCCUGUUGUCCCAACCCAUCUCCUUCCAAAGAAUGAGAAGGGUAAACUUAACAAGCUUUGGUAUCCAAUUGAAAGAGAAGAAGUUGAGUUCUUUAAUCUGUCUGAUCUUUGGAAAAGCUUUGAUGAAUGGAGUGCUUAUGGCGUUGGAGUUCCAAUCAAAAUGGACAUUACUGGAGAAUCUUUUGUACAGUAUUAUGUACCUCAUCUUUCUGCAAUCCAGAUCUUCACCAAUAAUAAAAACAGAGAAGAAGAAGGACGAGAUGAUGAGAUUGAUCGGUGGGUAAAAGGGGAUUCAUUAAUAAGCAGCGAUUCAAUGAGUGAUUUGAGUGAUAAUUAUAGCGAGAAUGUAUCAAGAUCUGAAUGCUGUUCAUCUGAAGAAGUAAUUGAUCAUCAUCAUCAUCACCAUCAUCAACAUCAACAACAACAGGAUGAGAUUGAAAAUGACAUAUUGGGAUCUCUCUAUUUACAGUUCUUUGAAAUAGAUUCUCCUUCUAUAAGAAUCCCUCUCAUGGAUAAGAUACUUGAUUUGAGUGAAAAUUACCCUGAAUUGAUGAACUUGAGAAGUGUUGAUCUUUCUCCAGCUAGUUGGAUUGCUAUUUCUUGGUACCCACUUUACCAUAUUCCGAGGGGAAUUAGACCGAUAAAGGAUUUAUCGACAAAUUUCCUUACGUACCAUACGCUUUCAUCAUCGUUUGAAGAAGAAAAAGAAGAAGUGAAAGAGACAAUAACAGGCGAGAUUCGAUUGGAUGCAUUUGGGGUUGCGAGUUACAAGAUGAAUGGAGAGGUUUGGGUGAGUGGUAGGAUGGAUCGAGAAAGGUUGUUUUCUUAUUGGAGUGUUGCUGAUUCGUGGCUAAAGCAGCUCAAGGUGCACCACCAUGACUACAAUUACUACUUGGGGAAUUGAUUUUUUCUAUAUUUUUUUAGAUUUUGGUUCAGAAAUAGGAAAACAAAUUAAAGAGGAUUUUUUUA